UCUGGGAGGGGCAGGAGCUUGCUGGAAGCCUCGUCGUUAACGCGGAGCUGGCUCUGGUCUAGGGCAGCUGGCUCUGUCAGCCCGAGCCGCCUCCGGCUAUUCCUGCUGGUCCCGUGGUGCCCCUUUAAUGCCAAGGCUGCUUUUCGUUGGAAAAAGGAGUGUAGCUGGAAGACACGGUGUAGUUUAGGUGGGAUCCGUCAUGCCGGCCUCUAGUGCUGACGGACACCUGAGGCUGUAAAGCUGCGGGGCCGCGAGAGCGGAGAGCAAAAUGCCAUUUCCCCGUGUAAAGCUGCGUGGAGUUGCAGCGUGAACAAUAGCGAGGCGUGUGCCAAGGGCGCUGGGGCAGAGAGGGGCCGCAGAAGUGAUGUCAAGUCCUCAGAAAAGCCGUUUGUUUACGAAAGAAGUGAGGAUUUCAGCCUAUUCAGUUUAUCCAAUGUAAGACUAAGAGGGUGGUGACUUAACAUUAACCAGGGAAUGAUACCAGGUUCAGGAGAGCCGUUUAAGUGCUUCGGAAUGGGCAGUGGCAGGAGACUAAAGACGCCAACUAAACAGCUUCAAAUGAGUGGUAAGGCCCCGAGUUAUAGCAGGAGGGUUCCUGUUGCAAGGCAAUGAACUGUACCGAGGCACCAACCUUUGGAACAAAUGAAUCCUUCAAAUCAGCCAGCCGUCGCCUCUCUGAAAAAGCCGCUUCCCUGUCGUUGAGAUACUAGGCUGAAGAACUGCGUCAUGAUAUUGAGCUUUAUAGCCCGAGUGACACAGAAAGUAGAACUAAACAAAUCAAUAGAAUUUAUUGAUAGAGAGCCACCUCAUGCUAACAUGGCUCAUUUGUGCAUCAGACUGUUGGCGUACGGUGCCUGCGUUUGGGGCAGUAAGAGAACAGGUUCCCUCUGGACGUGUCUCUAUAUUCCCAGGAAUUAUUGAUGGGCUGGAAAUUUUUAUUAAUGAGACUACUUAGAUCCUGAAAGGGGGAGCUGUGGUCACAGCAUGGGGGCAGUCUUCACGGGGUUUUACAGCUGCAGGUGUGGGUGGAAGUGCCGCUGUGUUGGUAUUGCUUUUGGGUGUUGUUAACAGCUUGACAGCGUCAUUCUGACAGCCCCGUGAGUGCCCCAUCGUGCUCUUGCAAUACCUCAGUCCUGAGACCACCAAAACACUGCUUGUCGUUAGGACACUAAUUGAUUUAUGACUCGCUGCCAAAGCACUUUGGAGCAGUACUCACAAACUAGGACUGCACUGUGCAAACACAAACCCUGAGGGCACUCCCUGCUCCAGAAAGCUUUCCGUCCAAACAUCGCGUUCUAAACACACGGCGAGAGAUAGCCCAUGCGAUAGCGAUAGAAGAUGUGGAAACAACAGGCCGACACUGAUCCGCAUAAGAACAUGUUCUUAACACACAAUUUUGCUCGCUCCACUAUGUCAUGACCAGUAUUUUUUAAAUUUUUUUCCCCACUUUCUGGGCUGGAAUUGAGAGCUUGGUUCCUUUUCCCAAGGGUUUAUGGAGGGGUUUAUCAUUUGUGACUCUGUCGGCUUUGUGAGCGUCGGUGCACAGCGAUGGGCUGCUCCUGGGCGUGCAGGGCCUGGGCUGGCUGCUUGUGACACCAAGCACAGCAGUCGUGAUGUCACAGCGUUCGCUUCCCCGAGAGGGUGUUUAUCCUGGCAAUACAGUGUCUUUGUGACUGAACCCCAGUCCCUGCGGGUCGCUCACGUGGGCUUGGAAGUAUUUACCAGUCCCUGCGGUUGUGCAACUCUGCAGGGUUACCAUGGCAUCCCAACAACACAAGCAAACUCUGCUGGUGACACCUCUGCGUCGCUGGAUCCUGCUCUGACUUACCCUGACUUGAAACUGGAUUUAAAAGGGGAACGUUCUCUCUGCAGGACGGGUUGUCAAAAGUGGAAGGGGUCUAAACUGGGGAGCUGCGAGACGGGGAGCUGGGGAGCAGGUAGCAGCAAGGUGAAUGAGGCGUUGCCGAGUCUCUCCGGCGCUGGCUGGGCUGCUCACGGCACAGAAAAGAGAGCUUGAACCUUGAAUGGAAGACAGACUCAUCCUUACCUAAAAUCAGUGGUGCUGCAUGGCUGUCGUUAAGAUUAGAAAAUGGCUUUUCAUUGAUCUGGUCCCUGAUGGUGCAAACCAGGGUGAAGUUCAGUUCUCUUACUGCUGAAAUGCUGUUUCUGCGGAGGCUGCUGAGAACAGCUUUGCCUUUAUGAUAGUUUAUCUGACAGCAGGCCUGUAUUUUACCUGCCUGGAUUGCUUUCUGCUUGGCAUGUUGUGUUGUGCAAAAAAAAAAAUCCUGUCUGCUGAUAGAAAGGAGUUGAGGCUGGAACGUGACCUGAGAACGUCCAGCAGCCGGGGCUUGCUUUGGUGGGAGCUACUCUUGCCUGACUGUAGCACUAAAUCACGCGUUCGGAUUCAGUCCCUGUCCUCUCAAGACAAGCCAGAGCUGCUGCGGGAGCAGCCUGUCUCUCCCUCUGAGCUACCUGGAGCUAUGUAAAGCAGCUGGGGGCUUCUGCCUUGUUGCGAGCUGUGUGUGGAUGAAAUGAACCCUGGCCUGUCUACAUCAGCCGUCGGGUCAAGUAGAGCUGGGUGUGCACAACACGCAAAUUUGCUUUACACUCAAUACGUUAUUUUUCUUUUUGCUGGUGAAAGCCGAGCCAGCUUGCUGGGCAGGAAGGAAUCUUGCCUCAUGUGUCUCUGUCUCAAUCCUCCCCCUUUCCCUCCGUCAAAAAGAGAAUUUCCUUUUAGUAGCUGGGAUCUCCAGCCAACUUGUAUUCUUCCCGCAAAGAAGGAAGUACAUAUUUUGAAUAGGCUGUGGCCAGAAAAUGUAGCCAGCGCUAUCUUGCUGUCCUGGUGAGGGGAAGAGCUGAAGGGUGACACAUUCAGGCCAGACACUGAAAUCUCAUGGAGAAUUUACAACCUUGUAAUAAAACCAUUUGUCCCUUCAAGGCUGUUUUAAAACACAGAAAGCCCGUAAAUUUUUUGUCUCUGCCUCUUCUGCAUAGGAACCUAGAAAUUUAAGAAGAAACUUUUCCAGUCUCCUUUUGAGCAUGGACUCGCACGUUGGGUAUUCCCAUGCACAGGGUGCGACCCACCUAACCCACCUUUAUUUUAACACUAACAGGAGAGAGAAGGCAGAACCGCGGUGUCCGGGGUUACCUGCGGCAUCUCUCAUCUGCCGCCCUCAUUGCCCUGCGUGGCGCAGACCUGCUGGGCGCUGCUGGCAGAGCGCAGCGUGUGCGUCCAAGGCUGCAGCUGGCUUUGGGUGGCAUUAAACUGGGCUGGACCUGGUGCCCAGCUAAGCCCCUUACCUCCUUUCUGCUGUUGCACGGGGGAGCUACCUGAGUAGAGUUAAAAAUCAGUGGAUGUUCCCCCCUCUUCUCAUUUCAGCAUCCAUUUAGGCAGGCGGGGGGGAAUGGAGAAGCCUUGAGGAAAUGGGGAUCAGACCUGUCCCGUUGUAACCGUCUGCCAAAGGUGCCCAGAAGAGCCCGUGCUUCACGUCCCGGGGCUGCACAUGUGGCAGAGGCAAAGGGAGGUGCAGAACAAAGCCGGGUCUGAGCGCGGGGACACGGCGCCAGGUGUGUCCUGGCCCUUCCCUUCCCGCCUGCUCCAAUUCAGCAGGUUGAGGGAGGGUGGGAAGGCAGCCAGGCACUCCCAGCUCUCCGAGGCAGUAAAAUGAUCCCUCUUUUGCCCUUGGGCCAAGCCCAGCUUUUCUAACGGAUAAAAGGAGAAGCAGUCAGGAGAACUCUCUCACUUCCCUGGUCUCUCCAGCACAGCUUCCCUGAGCUUUUGAAGGGUGGGGGAUACUGAAGACACCCUCGGAGCAGCCAUGUCCCGGUCUGUGAGUUUCAGCUCUCGCUCUGUGGCUGUCCCAGGGAUCAGCCAAAUGCGGGUCAGCACCGUCUCCUCGACCCGUGGACUAGGAGGGGGUGCCGGCUUAAGCAGGGCAGGUGGCUUUGGCAGCUCCAGCCUCUACAACCUCGGCUCCACCAACAAGCGGAUCUCCCUUGGAGGUGGCAGCUCCUACAGCGUUCGCUCUGGAUACGGCUAUGGAGGCAUGGGAUUCGGGGGGGCGCUCAGCCCUGGGGGCAUUCAGGAGGUCACCAUCAACCAGAACCUCCUGACGCCCCUGAAUCUGGAGAUUGACCCCAACAUCCAGCGGGUGCGCAAGGAGGAGAAGGAGCAAAUCAAGACGCUCAACAACAGAUUCGCCUCCUUCAUUGACAAGGUCCGGUUCCUGGAGCAGCAAAACAAAAUGCUGGAAACCAAAUGGAGCCUCCUCCAGGACCAGAAGACCGCCCGGAGUAACAUUGCUCCCAUGUUUGAGACGUACAUCAGCAACCUGCGACGGCAGCUGGAUGGGUUGUUGAAUGACAAAGGGCGUCUGGAGGGUGAACUGAAGAACAUGCAGGAUCUUGUUGAGGAUUUCAAGACCAAAUAUGAAGAUGAAAUCAACAGGCGCACGGCAGCAGAGAACGAGUUUGUGGUGCUCAAGAAGGAUGUGGAUGCUGCCUACAUGAACAAAGUGGAGCUGGAGGCCAAGGUGGAUGCGCUGACAGAUGAGAUUAACUUCCUGAGGUCUCUCUAUGAAGCGGAACUUAAUGAGCUGCAGGCCCAGAUCUCGGACACCUCGGUGGUGCUGUCUAUGGAUAACAAUCGAAACCUGGACCUGGACAGCAUCAUCGCGGAGGUCAAAGCACAGUACGAGGAGAUUGCCAACAGGAGCCGGGCAGAGGCUGAGUCCUGGUACCAGAGCAAGUACGAGGCGCUGCAGGUCACUGCUGGGAAACAUGGAGAUGACCUGCGCAACACGAAGAACGAGAUCUCGGAGAUAAACCGCAUGAUCCAGAGGCUGCAGGGCGAAAUCGAAAACGCAAAGGCUCAGCGUGCCAAGAUGGAGGCAGCCAUCACCGAAGCCGAGGAACGUGGUGAGCUGGCCAUCAAAGAUGCCAAGGCAAAGCUGGAGGAGCUGGAGGCCGCCCUGCAGAAGGCGAAGCAGGACAUGGCCCGGCAGCUGCGCGAGUACCAGGAGCUGAUGAAUGUCAAGCUGGCUCUGGACAUCGAGAUCGCGACCUACAGGAAGCUGCUGGAGGGCGAGGAGAGCAGGUUGGCUGGUGAUGGAGUUGGCAACGUCAACAUCUCCGUGGUCAGCUCCAGCGGUGGAGGUGGCUAUGCCAGUUCCAGUGGAUUUCUGGGAGGAGGAAUCGGAGGAGGCCUCGGCCUAGGAGCUGGCAUGGGCAGUGGCGGGCUCGGCUUCUCCACUGGGGGUGGCUCCAAAUCCUACACCGUCACCACAACGUCGUCCAGCAGGAGAAGCUUCAGGAAGUAACAACAGGAACGGAGAUCAGCGGUACCCAUUCCGUGGGAGGAGGGAAACCAUAGAAAGAAAAGUUUUGUUGCCUUUUAUAGGAAAUUUCUGCAGUGAUGAAUGAAUUGGAAUAAGACAUACCAAAGUACCUGACCCUGCCACAUCGCACCUCAGGCUUGAUCCUGCACUGUUGAACUUGGUGGGAACCAUUCCACUGAGAGCAGGGUCAAGCCUGUAGGGUGAAAUUUGUCCAGUGAAGCAGGCGGUAUAACGCUUUUGUUACUUGUGUGUUUGGUACCCCCUGCUCAGGGCUGGAUUUCACCCUUUGAAGGGCAAAGCAAUCAUUUGCGCGGCAAGCUAUUCAGCAUUUCUGCUGUGGCUUUGCAAAACAGACCCGACGAUUAUCUCCCUUUUAAUAUGAUUUGGAAGACUUUGUUCCCUUAGGCUCCUCAGAAAAUGGCAACCCUUGUUUAGAUUUCAGCCUGGGUUUGUUUUCUUGAAGUACACCGUGAAGAAAACGGGGACACUGUUUUGGGUUUCUCCUUAUUUUCUUUGGAAAUGGGCUCAGAAAUGGAAUUCAACGAUUCUGCUCUGAAUGAAGCUGAUUUCUUACCGAAGACAAUGCAGAGAGAUUUGCUUUCAGGUUCUUUAAAGCGAAGUAACUUGUAAACAAGCUCCCCUACGCAUUCCUUCUCCUUAAAAGAAGCCCAAAGGUUAAGGGAUAUGAAGUUGCUUAAAAUUAUAAGUAGCACACUAAAAUGGGAGAUAACAUUCCCCAGCUUUGGGUGCCUGUUUGCCGCCCUGUAUUUCAAAGUGUAUCUUGUGAUAUCUGAUGUCUUUACUACAGCUAGGGAAAAAGCGUGUUUUGUUGAUGCAUCGUUACAAUAACUACUUGUUCCUGCCAAAAUGUGUCUUCAACUUAAACAUGCCAGGGAAAAUAGUUAGGUCGUUACUGCAGUAGGAAGAAUUGUUAGAUAAAUAACUCAAAGAAACUGCACAGAAUUGUUGUACUGCAUGCUCAGCCGUGUCCUAGACGUGUAUCUUUGGUUGUUGUUUUAUGCCCUUGUGGUCUGAGACCUUGUCAUAAGGCCAUUAAUAAAGUUUCCCUAUCGGGUGCUGCUUCUGUCC